AUGCGUGAAACGAAGCUGCUCAACAAUGUCUCACGUUCAGAAUUCAAAACUGCAAACGUAUUUGUAGCGGCUGAGACUGGCCCAGAAAACAGGAUCCAAGCUGAGAGUGACGCACCGCUGCUCAAGGUAUAGGU